AUGGGGCACCUCAUCGCUCUACUCUCCGCCGCCGCCGUCUCCGUUGCGGGCCUGGCUCAAGCUUCCCUUCCCGGCCUGGACGAGAUCCCGCCUCUUGGCCUGGGAACAUGGCUCUCUGACAAGAGCAAGGUAGCCCACGCCGUGUCCUUUGCCGUCGGCGAGGCCGGCUACGACCACAUCGACGCCGCCCUCAUCUACAGAAACGAGGACCAGACCGGCAAGGGCAUCGCCGACUCGGGCGUCGCGCGCGAGAAGCUCUGGGUCACCAGCAAGCUCUGGAACACGGACCACCGCGCCGACCGCGCCGAGGCCGCCAUCCGCAAGUCCAUCGCCGACCUCGGCGUCGACUACCUCGACCUCUACCUCAUCCACUGGCCCGUCGCCUUCGUGCCCGGCGACCCGGGCAACGCCCUCGACCGCGAGACCUCGCUCGUCGACACCUGGCGCGUCCUCGAGGGCUUCGUCCGCGCCAACCUCACCCGCCACAUCGGCGUCUCCAACUUCGCCCGUGCCGACGUCGAGGCCGUCCUCGCCGCCGCCGAGAUCCCCCCCUUCGCCCACGAGCUCGAGGCCCACCCCUACCUGCAGCAGCAGGCCUUCGUCGACUGGCACCGCGAGCGCGGCAUCCGCGUCGUCGCCUACUCGCCCCUCGCCAACACGAACCCCACCUACGGCGACGGCCUGCCCGCCAUCCACGAGGACCCCUUCUGGAUCGCCCUCGCCGACCGCAAGAACGUCUCCGUCUUCCAGGCCGUCCUCGCCUGGGGCGUCCAGCGCGGCACCGUCGUCAUCCCCAAGAGCACAAAGGAGUCGCACAUCGUCGCGAACCGCGCCGCCCUCGACGUCACCUUCGACGACGACGAGCUCCGCGAGAUCGCCAAGCAGGACAAGAAGCACAGGCUGAGCAACCCGGGCAAGAAGUGGGGCGUCGACCUGUUUGCCGACCUGGACGAUCCCACCAAGCUCGGGGACGUGAGCGAGGAGCUUUGA